CCAAUCAGAUAGCAGAAUUGCUAAUAUCCGGUAGCUGUCUAUAUGAUGAACACAAUUAUUCUUCUUCUGUCCAAAAGGCCGUGGAAGUUCCGAGAUAAAAGAGGUGAAUAUAUAUAUAUAUAUAUAGGUCGGUUUACACUUGCAAUUUUUGUUGCGAUUUCUAGUGGGAUUUUCUUCUUCUGAGGAAUGUGAAUGAGUUAUGAAUGUUUUGAGUAUCGACCUCGUUAAAAUGCCUUUAUGGUUACCGUUCCAAUUAUCAAGAGUUGAGAGGACGAGAUGACAUCUGAAAUUCUUGUGAAACCAUCAACGCCUGCAUGGUCUUGUUAAUUGAAAAUUAUGUAUCAUUGAGUUAUUGGCAGCAUGUUGUUGCAGAUUGGUGUAUUUUUUAAAUUCUUGAAGUAUUUUGUAUUUUUACUUUAUUUUAGGAAAAAGUAUUGCAUUUUGUUAUCGACUCUGACAAGGAAAGUUCCUUCAUUAAAACCUUCAGAAGAAGUUCAGAGCAACGCAGUGAGUAUGAAAUUUGAUCUGAUGUGUUUAAAUUUUUGUAGUUAGCCGCUAAGCCGCGGUCAGCGGAUGUGAUGUUGAGCGUUUAACGAUUCUUUGUUCUAAAAAACUAAACUGCAUAUGUAUACCGCUCUCUUUAUUAGCUUUAAUUUAGUGAGAGAAUAAUGCUGAAUUAUAUACUCUUUAGUUUUACUUAGGUUUGAUUUAUGAUACAGAUUACAGGGCUAUAUAAUCCUAUAUGCAAAUUGACCUUUAAAAUGUAAAUAAGGGAUUUCCCCAUCAUAUGAUUGAUAAGCAAGCCUCGGCGGCUCGUGAGCACUUUUCUGUUCUUCCUGCAUUAUGACGUCAUACUGUGUAUCUAUAUUAAUUUAAACUGAACAGACAACGGCAAAAUCUUAUCCAUUUGUUUUAUAUAAUAAAUAGAAAACCCCCGAAUUAAGCAGGUAAAUAGCUUACUUUUUAUCCACCCAAACAUUUGGAAAUUUGAAAAAGUCGAAAAUUUACAAACAUCACGCAUACACGAUCUGUACAAAUAAGGGAAUGCUAUUAGAUAAGGUUUUGUGUGGCGUAAUUCCGUCACGGAAAUUCCGUGCGUCUAUCCCAUAGAAAUAAUUUCUAUGGUCUAUCCUCUAAUAGACCAAUGAAAGCGCUUGAAUUCUUAAUUAAACGUUAUAUAUAUAUAUAUAUAUAUAAUUUCAUAUAUCAGUAUUUGUAGUCUUUGACUUUCGCAACGCCAUUCGUCUUUACUUCGAAUGGAAGGAAUCUUGGAGGAAGGACGUAUAGAAGUUAGCGAACUUGCAUGCUGAUAUUUGAUACAAUAACACGACUGCUCAUAUCGUUAAGUUGAGGGAAACGUGUAUAUACAAAUUAACAAAAUGUUUUAUGCAUUUCUUACAAGAAUAAUUUUACAAUAAUUUCGUCAACCGAAAGACGACCGAACACAGUAAUGUAUUGCACUUAUUUCACUGCUUUUUAUGGCCACUUAUGGUGAACUAAAAAUAUAGUGGUUUUGUUCAAUUUUUUAUAUACUUCAAACACUCAUUAAUAAUUCAUAAUUCAUAAGCUUAUAUUCUUGUGUUGUAAAAGCAAAAUCAAAAUUUUAAAACGCAGCACCAAGUAUGCAACACCUGCUGAUUAGCCAGUGGGGCUUCGCAUGUUCAGCAGACAUUUACGGCACGCGCAGACCGCAAGCUUAAAAUCGUACUAUAGACAAGACACCUGCUCAGGUAUUCACACUGCCAAAUGAUGACAUACGUGCUAUGGUGUAAUAGACAAGGAAUACAAAUGGUGAACCGCAAACGCAAAGUGUGAAAGGCUAAAAGCGUGGCGUGAUCCUGAGGAGAUAUUUUCGUAAUGUCCAAUGAAACACAAGUAUUACUCACAAAUGCAAACGUUAUCCAUAAAUGCACAUGGUCUCUGAGCAUGCGAUGCACUAACGCAGACAACAUUUUUAUACAUUCCGAAAGUCCGUAACGUAUAAAAUUCGAAAAAACUCAGCGAUCCAGAUAUCGCAUUUCCAGAGACGUUGCACGAAAAAGUCAACUUCCAAAAAAGUGCAGAGUAGGAUAAAUACAAAAUCCACAGAAAAACGCGCUACAAUUCGUUGACAAAUGAAGAAAUUGUUUCAGACUGAAAUAGUCACUCAUUGAAUGGCCGCCAUCUUGAAAACUUAUCUGCAUACGGGAAAUCCCCUAAAGCAGCAGGUGGUCGUUGUUUCUGCCACAGAAAAUAUUUUGAUGACUAUUUAUAUUUAAAAUGCUUAUUAUAAUAUAUAAAAUGCAUUCAAACGCAAUUUGUGGCAACACAUCAUGCCUGAUAAGGCAAGCUCCGUUUGCUUUAUCCGUAUUCUGUGUAUACGUUGAUCCGCUAUACGUAGAUAGUACGUUCUAAAUUUUCUGCACUCUAAAGAAAGAACUUACAAAGUUUAUACUACUGUUACCUAAGACAACAGUAGUUUUUGGUCUUAGGUAAGUAAUAAUCGACGCUGGCCCAAUAUUACGCAAUCUCAGACCACCAACAUGGCGGCCGUGUAGUAAAUGCCCAAGGAAAGAUAUAUUUUAUCACACAGGUCCUCAAUAAUGUUUGAUGUUAAGAAUAUAAAGCUUUUGAAAGCCCAGCAAAAUAUUUCGAUAAACGCUUAAGCUUUUAGAAUUUUUAUGACGUCAUAUGCAAACACUCUAUCACAUGGUUGUAAUGCAAAUGAGAAACUUGCCCUUGGUCAAGGGCCGGUUAUUUCGUUCCAGUAUAUGUGUUCACAAACUUGUGAAGUCCAAAUUCGGCUGCCCCUAUAUACAUUGUGCUAUUCAAGUUCAUUGGGAACGUCAAAAACGCCGUUGAUUUGAUUUGAUAAGGUAAAGUCAUACGUUAUACGAAUUGCAUGGUUUAUAGCAAACGAAUGAGAGACAGAUUAGGGCCAUUUAUACGAGACAAAAUAAGUCGCGAUUUACUUGAGACGCGUUUUAUAUAAGCGGAGUUAUGAGUUAUCGUAUAAAUGGUUCUCUACGGCUCUAGUCUUAUCUUAACCGUGGUCUUAUUUACUUGCUAUUUAGCUAUAAUGUUGUUUUGGUUGUUUUUGCUUUAAUAUGCAAGGAUAAUAAUUUUACGUUGUUUCAAACUUUCAAUUGUCGGGCAUGUGCAGUUAGACGUUUUCAUCUAAACGCGACAAGACUUUUCUUCAUGUUUCCAUUUGGUUGCGAUCACUACUCUGACGACAGUUACAACACGUUUGCGACACUUACGACCAUAUAUGGAAACCAGGCUUUAAGUCCAAGGUUAUGUCGCAUGCUUCACUGCAUUUCUUUUUUUUUCUUUUGUCUUUUCUUAUGCGCCAUGCUUGCAAAGCUAAAUAAAUAAAUAAAUAAAUAAAAUAAAUAAAUAAAUAUCUCACUCGUGUGUACCAAGCUUAUGUCUUUUCUGUCAUUUGAUAUAUGCUAUUGUGCUUGCGUCUCAUGCGAUAUUGUAUUCUAUUCAUUUUUAGUAUUUUUGCGCAAGUGAAUAUAUCCCACAAGUUGAUUGGUCAAAUUUGACGUAUUAAGCUGUUAUAUUUACCUACAGGUGAAUAUAAAAAAACCGAAAUUUGCAAAAUGGCGGGUAGCCGUUUUGUAGCCGUUUUGUGGAAGUUACUGAUCAAGAAAUAAGCGCCAAUUGAAAUAAAUUCAGUCCCAGAAAACACACUGGAUUGUGUAAAAAUACUAAAAUGAUUAUAAUUGUUUAAUAAUUCAGUGUUUUUUUUUGGCAACAACGACGACUACCUGUUGUUUAGGAGAUGCCAGGUAGACAUUUUUAGUUACUAGCUGCCAAAGUUAAUCUUUAACAUUUGUUGUUUGCACCUGUGAUUCCCGAGUUUUAAUGAAGAUAUUUAAAGAUUUUUACAGCCAUUUCGCGCUCAUUGUCCAUUGACUCUAUUGUGAAAUUGGCCUCCUUCCGUCACGUCACUGUCAGACAAUAGUGAAUAGCGGGGACUUCAAAAUUGAUGUUUACGGCAAACCGCAAAUUUCAAAACGUAAUUUGAAGUCAACUAAAACCUUAUAUGGGAAGCCCAAAAAUGCGUGGUAUUUGGUUUUUAUAUGUAGUCUGAUGAAAAUCGUUUUUCACGCGCCAGCUUUCUUCGGGUUAGGGUAAAACGCUGAUACGGACGGACGGACAGACGGACUCUCUAAAAUAUGUUUUAAACAUCAUAUCCGCGUUUUACCCGAUCGGGUAAAAAAAUCUGAUCUGCCUUUGAAAGUAUAUUUUACACCAUAUCCGCGUUUUACCCGAUUGGGUAAAACGCGGAUAUGAUGUUUAAAACAUAUUUUAGAGAAAAAUAGGUCAUCCGUCCGUCCGUAUCAGCGUUUUACCCUAACCUCGAGCUUUCAAAACGUUUCCAAGCUAUGGGACUACAUAAACAAAUACCACCAAACAUUUCGCCCGAUGUGAGGCGUCUGUAUUCGCAGGCUACGCAUUUUGGGCUGCAAUGGUAGAACAGACACAUGCUACUAGCAGUGCUCGUUUUUUGUCCAUAAAAUUAUGUUCGAAUCGCGCUGUUUUACAAAAAUUAUGCUAGUUUUUGUUAAAUUAUGCUAUCAGUCACAAAAUACACUAGUCAAAAGGGGGGUCUACUUGAAACCACUUGAAAAAACCACUUAAAAUAGUUAGUCUGGCAUGUAUAAAUUGAUGUUGUGAAAGUGUUUAUUGGGAUGUAUUUCAAAAAUUGUUCUUUCAGGUUAUAAUUACCUCACUUAAUUUUUGUUGCCAUGGUAACGAAAGGCACCCUCUUAUGUUUUUCAUGUUUUCGCUAAUAUAUAAACAGUAUCUCCACAGGCGCUGUUACCUAACUCCAGGCGUUUUGUUCACUCUAUAUUAAACUCCACAUACCGACUAAUAUCCUGUCGAAACAUAACACUAUACUAUGACUAUAGUGACGUAUUGACUAUAAGGCUACACCUUUUACCCUUGAUAUGUUUACGGACUGCUUAUUAGCACAUUUUGUUUUUGCUUCCGCUAACUUUUAACUUCUCGAACAACUGCAAGUUACACUCUUUCCUUGAAAUUCGUCAAGAAGUCAGUAUUACCAAAAUCCGUGUUUGACACGCAUGAUGAACAUGCAAUAAGUAAUAGAAUCUAACAAUAAUUAUUAUUUUCAUUUCGUAGCUAAGGACAAAGUUCUUAGACAUUGUCCAACAUGCCUGGAACUAAGAUUACAGAUGAAGACCGCCAGAGCAUCGAUGCAAAGUUCAUCUGCACUUCGUGUAACUUACUGUUAUACAUUCCCUUUCAAACCGAGUGUGGUCACUUGAUGUGUCAGUCCUGCAUCGAAAACUUACUAAAGUAUGAUAACUUUUAGUCUCCUUUCGAUAAAUAUCAGUUAAUCGGGAUUGAAUUUAUGCUUCGUCUAAGCUCGUGUAUUUAUUACUAUACUAUCCAUUUUUGUCAGGAGUUUGAGGCCAAAUAUUUGUCCUGAAGAUGGCAAAGAGUUGAACGAAGAAAAAGUGAGUAUACUUUUCAUAUAAACCGCCUUUAUGUAAAUUUUCUCGACAGCCAUUGAAUGUACACUGUAAACUCAUAAAGUUUAUUAAAGAUAAACGUAUAAAAUCCCGCUAAAAAGGCACCACAUGCAUGCAGUCAUGUGAAUCAAAUCAAGUAAAGUAUAAUCAACUAAUCAAACAAACGUAUAACUAUAGCAAAAUAAAAAAAUAAGGUAACGAUUUUAUGGGAUUCAGCACCAUGUGGAUAAGUACAAGUAGGUGCCAUGCAAGCUGGAAAAUGAGACCGCAUUUGCUGAACUGUUGUGCGUCUUGUUUUUAAUGUCGGGGAUAUGCUCAGCAAAUGUGUAACCAUUUCUCUGACGAGAAAUGCGUUUUCCAUUGAAGAUUCAAACUUUCACGAAAUAAAAUACAAAUAAUUUGUAUUCACACAAAACCAAGUGAAAAGGAGUCAAGAGGUAUAUUCCUAUACCUAAGUUAUCCGUCGCAAAUUAACACAGUUACAUCGGAGAUUAAAUUUAGAAUUAAUGAAUAAUGGUAAAAGUAAUUAUUAUAUUGAGAGGGAUAAAACUACCUGAAAAAUAAUACAAGGGGGACGUUUCAAUAAGACUUCGACGUUUCAAGCGAAGGCCCUUUGUCGGGAAGUUAGUAUGGCACAAAACCGGCUAUGAAACUUAUUCGUAGUUAGAUUAUUCCAAAAUGGAACAAUGUAUAUGAAGAAAGAGUAUUUAUGUCAUAUUUAAAACACGAGUAGGAGUGCUUUAUGUACUGUUUAAUAAACGAGCAGGAGUGUUUUAUUACUGGGGGGUUUAAAGCCACGAGCGCGCAGCGCGAGUGGCUUUAGACCAGGGCGCUUAUACUAUGUAAGCGCCCUGCUUUAGACCUAAUAAAACACGACCUGCGAGUUUAUUAAACGGCUUCAAACACGGCUAUACAAAUUCAAUAGAUAUACUGCCCUAUUAGUAUUCUUUAUAUAAAGAAUACUAAUGAGGACAUGACUACAAUAGAUACUGCCUUAUUAGUAUAUUCUUUAUAUAAAGAAUACUAAUUAGGAGUGUUUUAUCAGGUUUAAAGCCACUGCACGUGACAUAUUAUGGUUGACAUGAUUUGCCAAUAAGCUUAUGAAUUAUUAAUGAGUGUUUGAACUUUGAAGUACUAUUUAAAACACGAGUAGGAGUGCUUUAUCACUAUAUAAAACACGAGAGCGCAGCUCAUUGCCAUUGCCAUUGGCGAAGUAUUUUCAAUACUAUCAACGUUGUAUAAGAAAAUCAAAGCUAAAGUUUAUGUAAAUGAGCAUGUUUUUUAAAACUGUUUUAAAUGUUUAAAAUCUUUCAGGUUUUCCCCGAUGUUUUUACCAGACGUCAGCUCAGUGGACUUCGUUUACAGUGUGCAAAUCCUGGUUGUUCAUGGCGUGGUGCUUACGAACAGCUAGAAGUGAGUGUGUUGUUUAAACGGAUUUGCAAAACUGAUUCAAUUACAAACGGUUUAAGAGGGUACCAUCUAAAAUCUCUUCAUUUUAGCAUAACUUUACAGACAAAAACGUAAACGUACUUUUUAAGUUUGUUAUGCCGCUAAAGAAACGUAUCAAAAUAUAAAAAAUUGAAUCGCCAUAACCAAGUGAAAAAAGUAUCAGUAUUCAUUAGUUUUGAGUGCGUGUUACGUAACAUACAAAAGAUUCUCCCCUUAAUUCUUUUUAUUAUUCCCAAUCUUUUUGAAACUUCCUAAACGUUAUAUUUAUUUCAUUAACAUGGUCUUUUCGCAGUCUUUUUUGUCAUCAAUUACAAUGCAAACUGCCAAGUGUUUUACUAAUUUUCUUUAAACGGUUCACUACCUAUAUUCUAAUAUAACUGGUGGACUAAGAUAUAGGAAAUGUAAAGACACACAGAAGGUCUACUCAGCCAAAAAAGCAUAACAGCUGCCCAACCUCGCAAGCCAGGGUCUUUUACCUGCGCUCGGGCUGAUUGAACCGCUGGCCACGCCAUGAUUCAAAAUACUGACGCCAUGGUCCUACACGGCAAAAAACGCCGAACCCGCUGCUCAACAGGAUUGAACAAUGUUUUGCUGCCCACGUUGUUCACACUUGUCAACACUAUUGAACAAUAUUGUUGAGCCUGAAUCGGGUGUAACAAUAUUGUUCAAUAUUGUUGACAACUGUGAACAAUGUGGGCAGCAAAGCAUUGUUCAAUCCUGUUUUCAUCAGUAUUGCAACAACCUGGUCGUUUUUUGCCGUGUAGUCAGUGCGCUUAUGAGAGGCAUCCCCACUGAGCGGGUAUUCCCCCUGGACGUCCGCCAUUUUUAAUAUUAUCAGGGGAAAACACGACUACACGAACCGAAAUAACGAUUGCAUGUGAUUCGUCUUGAUGAAAACCGUUCCAAAUAUACAAGAUCUUUUAGAUUUUACGGUCAUGAUUUUCUUUAUGUUUCCUAGCUGGUUCGGAAAUUACUAACGAUAGAGAGUAAAUCCACCUGUCUCCUUUUGAAGUCAGUUUGACCAACUCGGCAAGUCAACUCGUGUUAAUAUGUAUAUUUAUUAUACAGUAGAGAGUGAGAUACUGAAAAAUACACAGUGAGAUAUUUUCUAUAUAUCGUUCACGUGACUUUUUUCACGCUUUUGAGUGUGAAAAUUCACAAUUUUGGCUUGAAGUUAUGACUUUUACUUCUCGUGUCUUUUAUCUCACUCGCUGCGCUCAUUCGUCAGUAAAAUAUUGUUUUCACCACUCGAAGAUAUAAGUCAUAUCUUCGCGCCGCCGUGUAAAAUCCUCUAUAUUGUUAGCCUCAAACCAGUUUACUUAAUUAAUUAUGCUCGCUGUUCGUCUAGGAACAUGUUCGUACGAGCUGUGAAGGUGCACCCGUGACUUGCAAGUACUGUAAGGAAGAUUUCUUGAGAAAAGACAUUGAAAAACACGAGAGACACGAUUGCAAUGAGGCUCCGGCGACUUGUGAAUAUGAGCCUGUGGGCUGCAAUCAAGAUAAGGUAAUAAUAAUACUGCAGUAGUUGUUGCUAUGUUUGCAUGUGUAGUGCAGUGGUCACUACGUGUCUGUGUUGCCUUUGUGAUCCGAUCACGAUUCUUGCAUUAUAUAGUUGUCAGACAAAAACGUCGUCUUAGACUUAGUUGCAUGUGAGAAUGCAAGUCAGUGCAUGUGGUUCCGGUCUGACUCUAUCAAACACCGCAAAUUUUCUGUCCAUAUUUCUGUUUUAUCCUCCAAUAUAAAAUGUCUCUUCGUUUUAUUGGGCGUCUUAGAAUUGAUAGAGCUAUUCAGUAUAGAAGUUGACUGUUCAGUUUCCACACGUAUAAUAACACCGCCAGUGGGCAGUAAAAGAACGUGUAUAGUAUAUAUUAUUAUGGGGCUUCGGUGGCCAAGUGGUUAACGCACUUACCUUUCACCUCUGAGGCCGCAGGUUUGAUCAAGCCUCAGUGAGAACUUUCCCAAUGCGACUCGAACCCAGUCCUCAUGUGAAAAGAGUAAAAGUCAACGCUCUGCCGAAAGUCGUGGGCCUUCCCCGGGUACUCCAGUUUCCUCAGUCCCACAGGGAAAGUUGACAGGGUGGGUUAGGUAAAAAAGGCCCACAGUAGUUUGCAUAUGCUGUUGUGGUGACCCUACCCUAGUUGGCAAAGCUAAAUAAAUAAAAUUUACCCAAAAAUACACCAUGCUCAACCUCUUAUUCACAGUUGCAUGGGCAAAGUUCAAUAUAAUAAUCUACCCAAAAAGUUUAGAAAAUGAGCCUAACGAUAGUGAAAAUGAAAUUUGGGGGGAUGUUCUGAGGAAGAGAAUUUUUGGAUAUAGCAUAUUCUAACUAAGUAAUCAGUUAAUUCAUGUGUAUAACAGACAAGUACGUCAUCGCAUUUAUUAUAUUUGAUACAAUUUGUAGACUUUGAAGAGAAAAGAACUGCGCCAACAUUUGAAUGAUGGAUUGAUAGAACAUGGCAGGUUACUGCUUCACAACAUGCUCGUUUUCUUUCCCCAACUGAAGCACUUUAUCACACGGUUGGAUUUUACAGCAAUCAUUAAUAAAUUGCGCGACGACAUCACCGAGAUUCGGGUUAGCUUAACCGACAAAUUUGUCAUGGUUGUCGGAAAGUUUAAUGGUUUACAAGCACGGAUUGAAGGUAAGUUAACUGGCAUUGUUUAGCAAACGAGAGCUCUAUUUCCCCAUGUUAUUAUGCAGAAAUAAAAAUAGGCAUAUACUGAACGUGUUCAAACCCUCGGACUUAUGCCAAAAUUCCACUGUUCUUUGCUUAUCUGACACCACAAAAUCGUUGGUCGUCGUGAAAAUACUGAUGUCCAAGGCAUAGGUAGACGAUAACACCUAGAAUAUUCGGAUGUAAACACUAUUUUGGCACGCAAAACUCGACGAUAAAUACACGUUUUCCCGUAAAUAUAACACAAAAUCCUUUGAUUACUGUCGCCAAGAAUGUUCAGCAGACGAUAGCUAUACUCGGUUUGAAAUAUAAAAUAAUUAUUCACACAAGAAAGACAACUAAAUAUAACAACUUUUCUUCCUUCGCUUUCCUCAAUAGUCUAAAAGACACUAAAACCACGCAUUAAUCCCAAUAGUUUAGCCCGUUGAAAAACUAAAUUAUUCUUAACUGCAUGUUAUGUUUAGUACAAGAACGAAAAAUGAAUAAAUUAUCCGCUCUUCUAAACAGGCAUAGAAGGACGGUUGGAGUCCCAAAGAGAUGUGCAAGAAGCUAUCCCUAGUCAGAAUGGUAUUCUACUGUGGAAGAUUGAAGAUUUCCAGAGAAAACGGCAAGAUGCCAUCAAUGAGGUGAAGACUGCUUUAUACAGUCCACUUUUCUACAGCGCUCAGUUUGGGUUCAAAAUGUGUGCUAAGAUAUAUAUGAAUGGAGAAGGCUUUGGAAAAGGAUCGCAUUUGUCGUUGUUUUUUGUUGUGAUGAGAGGCGACUACGAUGCUCUUCAAACCUGGCCAUUUCAAAAGAAGAUCACGAUGAUGCUUUUGGAUCAAGGCAAUGGAGAUCAUAUGAUUGAUGCGUUUAAUUCAGAUCCCCAAAGUUCCUCGUUUCAACGUCCAAAGUCUGAUAUGAAUAUCGCUUCAGGCUCCCCGCUCUUUAUGCCUCUUGAUUGCUUGAGUGAUCGUCAGUACAUCAAGGAUGAUGUCCUGUUUAUUAAGAUUAUCGUCAACUGAUGAAGUAGACAGGGAAUUUUUCAAGAAUUACUAGCGGAUCAACUAGGUAACCGAAAAUUUUUUACUUGAUUUGACAGGAUGGGUAAUCGGGAGAAUUUAUUUUCUCUUUUCUUGUAUGUACAGUGCAGCAACGAGGUGAGACUAAAUUUACUAAGUACGAAUUUUAGCAUAAAUUAUUUUUAAUUCCAAAGGAUUAUACGGAAGGUCUUUUUUCUCUCAAUAUUUUAUAAUAAAAUAUUGGAAAAAGACCUUCCGUAUAAUUGCUAUGAACGGAGGUGAGAUAAUAUUUCGCCGAGCUUUUCAAAUUUUCCACUUCAACCGUACCCUACCGAAACGUAAAAGAGGUUAAUAAAUCCACGUACUUUCGGGUGUAUUCGCGUACUACGGAAGUAUUGACUAAUCAACAUUCACUAAAUUUUGAAAUAUAAAAAUGUUUUUGAUAUACGCUUCGGCACGGUACGGUUGAAGUGGAAAACUGACUUUAAAGCCAGUUUUCCACUUCAACCGUAUCGUAGCGAAACGCAGCGUAUUUCUUUGUUUUCUGACCACUAGAGUGGAACUAAUGACUUCGACACAAAAGAAAAUGCUAUGGUACGUUACGACACGCUUGAAGUGGAAAACAGGCUUAAAGCCAGUUUUCCACUUCAACCGUACCGUAAGGUAUCGUACUGACCAUUUUCUUUCGUGUCGAAGUCAUUAGUUCCACACUACCGCUCAGGAAACUAAGAAAUAUGCUACGUUUCGGUACGAUACGGUUGAAGUGGAAAAAUGGUAUCAGUCGGUUACGUGUCCGUUUUUCUUGACAAAUUUUCUGUCGAAAAGUGAUGUGGAUAUUGUGAGUAUGUAUUUGGUGUAGUUGCAUAGAGCUAUGAGUCAACUAAAGUUGCCCUUUGAGCGAAAAACACAAAUGGGCAUAAUAAUAAACAAUAAAUGUUUAUUAUUAUUUAGUUGUGUGCCAAUGAGAAUGGGUGACGAAUUGGCGAAAUUUUGUGUACCUAUUGGGCGGCUUGCCCUCCCGGGGCUCAAGAUUGAAAUAUUUCUUAUAAUCAUAUAGCAAUUUUUGUCAAAUGUAAUAUGGGUGAAAACGUUUAUCUAAGAACUGGCUUGGUUUUUGUAUGUAUGUGCUUCAUCUGCUGAAGAAUUAGUUUCUGAGCCAGGAGGUUAAUAACUUCAAUUCGGGGUGAAUUACCCAGUUGGGACGAUCAGAAACUAUUUGGAGGCACUCAGAUCAGACCUGAUUGGGAAGAGCCGCUAGUUCAUUUUAUAACUACUAUAUAGGAAAUACUAUGUAAUGAUUUCCAUUAAAAGUACAAGAC